CGGUCUAGCCUCUUGGGCAGUCGUUGUAGCCGGGCUCGUUAUGCCAGUGGCGCUGCUCCUGACCCAAGCUGGCCCAAGUGGGAGACAUAGUGAGCUCAUAAUUUAUGGCAACAAGAGUGCCAUUCGUAGUGCCUUCAGGAGAUGUGCAUAGUUGCAUAUUGUUUAAGAAGUUACUUAACUUACUAUUAGUUUUACUAUCCUUCCAAUAUAAGCAGUUUAUGAACACAAGACCUUAAAUCGGAAAUCUAUAAACGAAGUGGUUUCCUCUAUUGAGGGGAAAUCCGGAAAAUAAAAUACCAUCGGAAGUCCAUUUUCACCCAGCCCCUCCACUCAAAAGUAUGCUAUGGAAAAAGUUUUCGGAGCCGUUUCGGAAAGCAAAAAUCCAGAAACCCACCCUGGUCAACGUCAUCGAUGGAAGGAGAUCACAUUGCCCUUUGCCUCUGUAUACAUGUCUGGGUCAGUGGGCUUCUUUUGGCUACUCCCACCGCCCAAAGUCCUCCACCUCUGCCGGCACUUGAGGCCUUAAAGCCAUUUCCCCAUUGAAAGCAGCAGAGAAGUAUAAAUAGCCAAGGGACUCAACCCCAUCAGCCGGGCCACUUGAGCUUGGCGUGGUUGCCAUUGUUGUGGUGUCAACUGUUCAAUCCAUUGUUCCAUUCUGUCCAGGUGACGAACCGUAAUGGAUGCUGCUGCUCCCAUCUUCGUCACAAAAGGUAAUCCGAGAGGCGGCUUUUGUCCCAAAUGGAUAUAAAAGUGUGGAUACUCCUUGGCCAGAGCCGCAGAAGGAGUAUAGCGCUGGUCAGGCACAGAUCGAGCAGGAUGCCGUGGUUGCCCAUUUCCAUUACGGCGCUGGCGCUGCUAAGCCUGACAAAUAAAGGAAGCGCCAGUCAGUACGGCAGCGAUGGAGGUUUUGACGAGGUAGUGGGUCUAAGGAGUCUGGAGCAACACGCGGAGGAGCAGCAACCCGAUCGCAGUACAUCAAAAAUGCUCAGUGCCCUGUUCGGAUUCAAUCCUAGCACUCCGCAUCCAACGGAGAUUGCGAUGGUCAUGCCCCAUCAGCUGCCGCCCAUGUACUACAACGAUUUCUAUGAGGAUCUGUUGACCACCAAACGUAACGAUGUCCAUUCCGCUGGCUGCGACUGCAAAGUUACGAACGAGCUCGUGGAUCUGGGUGGUCUGCACUUCCCUCGUUUUCUGAUGAACGCCGUUUGCGAAUCGGGAGCUGGACGGGAUCUGGCCAAGUGCUCGCAUGGAUCCAAUUGCCGGCCACUGGAAUAUAAGGUAAAGGUCCUGGCACAGGCCUCUCAGCCAGAUCACCCCUAUUCGUGGAUGAACAAGGAUCAACCUUGGCAGUUCAAAACCGUCACCGUAACUGCCGGCUGCUUUUGCACAAAGUGAUUGGAUGGAUGUGAGCAACUAUCAUAUGUGAAUGUGAAUUACUUGUAUAUUAAAGCGCCAAAAAGA